GACAUGACCGUCCGGAAGCCACACUAGCUUGCGUCCGCAGCUCCACGCGCCGGCACGACCUCCGCGAGCCCGCGCUUCGGACCGGGCCCCUCAUUAAAUGCCCGGCUCCUCGUCGACCUUGUGAGGCGAUCGCAGGGCUCGAUCGGGCUUGCCUCUGCCCCCCAAACAGUCAUAGCAAUGGCAACCUGCUCGAGAAUCCCCUUCGCCUUCCUCGUGGCGCUGCUGCUGCUUCUGUCGUCGUCGUCGACAGCCAGCGCGGAGGAGGAGGCGGUGCUGACGCUGGACGCCGGCAACUUCUCGGAGGUGGUGGCGGCGCACCAGUUCAUCGUCGUGGAGUUCUACGCCCCCUGGUGUGGCCACUGCAAGCAACUAGCUCCAGAGUACGAGAAGGCCGCGUCCAUCCUGAGCAAACAUGACCCACCAGUCGUUCUUGCCAAGGUCGACGCGAGCGAUGAGAAGAACAAGGACCUCAGCGGCAAGUACGAUGUGCAGGGGUUCCCCACCAUCAAGAUCUUGAGGAGCCAAGGCGACAAUGCGCAAGAGUACAAUGGCCCCAGGGACGCAGAUGGCAUAGUGGAGUACCUGAAGAAACAGGUCGGUCCGGCGUCUGUUGAGAUCAGGUCGGUGGAGGAUGCCACGGAUCUGAUCGGUGACAAGGGCGUGGUCGUUGUUGGAGUUUUCCCUGCGUUUGGUGGUAGCGAGUACGAUAAUUUCAUGGCCGUGGCCGAGGAAAUGAGAAAUGACUAUGACUUCCUCCACACAUUGGAUGGCAGUAUUCUUCCACGAGGUGACAAGGCUGUCAAAGGACCUGCUGUUCGGCUCUUUAAACCAUUCGAUGAGCUCUAUGCUGAUUCUCAGGAUUUUGACAAAGACACACUAGAAAAGUUUAUCGAAGUUUCUGGUUUCCCAACUGUAGUUACCUUUGACACUAAUCCAACAAACCACAAAUACCUCCUCAAAUACUUUGAGAAUGAUGGUACCAAAGCAAUGCUUUUCCUGAGCUUCGAUGAUGACAGGAUUGAGGCCUUUAAGAGUCAGUUUCAUGAAGCUGCAAAGCAAUAUGGUGAGAAGAACAUAAGUUUUCUGAUCGGUGAUGUUACUGACGCACAGGGUGCUUUCCAGUAUUUUGGGCUCAAAGAAAGUGAAGUGCCCCUCCUCUUCAUACAAGCAUCUACUGCAAAAUACAUCAAACCCACUGUGGAGCCUGAUCAAAUCUUACCCUGGUUGAAAGAGUACUCAGAUGGGACCUUAUUACCACAUGUUAAGUCAGAUCCAAUUCCAGUGGUCAACGACCAACCUGUUAAUGUUGUCGUCGCCGAUAAUCUUAAUGAUGUGGUUUUCAACUCUGGCAAAAAUGUGCUUCUUGAGUUUUAUGCACCGUGGUGUGGCCAUUGUCAAAAGCUGGCCCCAAUCUUGGACGAAGUUGCAGUUUCAUUGCAGAAUGAUGAAGAUGUGAUCAUUGCAAAGAUGGAUGCUACCACAAACGACAUACCACCAGAUUUCGCAGUCGAGGGCUACCCAACCAUGUAUUUCUACUCAUCUGCUGGAAACCUCCUAUCAUAUGAAGGUGGAAGAACCGCUGAGGAGAUCAUCAAUUUCAUCAAGAAGAACAAGGGCUCCAAACCUGGUGAAGGUGCGGUAGGGGAUGAUGCAGCAGAGACAGACGCCAUGGAGGAGCAAGAACUUGCACUAGAGUCUGUUAAAGACGAACUGUGAUCAAGGAGACUCGGGAGUUUCUCACCAUGAAGAAUGCUCAGCAUUGUUGCUGUUCAAAGGUCGAGAAGGCGUCUUAAGUAACAAUACGGUUUUAGCACACAGUUCAGUAAUUUUGUUUUUAGGACAAGAAGAUCUACCCACUGGCCCGUUGUAUCUUUUUCCAUAAUUUUGUUGUUGUAGCAUCAGGACUUUAUUGGGUUUUGGUGCAUCCAGGCUUUAGUUUAACACUGGAAGCGCAUCCAGGCUUUUAUUGGGUUUUGGUGAAUUAGUGACGAAAACGUUUAAGUGACUAACGUUUAAAUUA